CAGAUCUUCAUCAAGACGCUCACGGGCCGCAAGCAGGCCAUGACCCUCGAGCCGAGCGACGAGGUGCGGACGAUCAAGCAGUCGCUCCAGGAGAAGGAGGGCAUCCAGGUGGACCAGAUCCGCCUCAUCUACUCCGGCAAGCAGCUCGCCGACGACAAGAAGAUCGAGUUCUACAACAUCCAGGCCGGGGGCACGAUCCACAUGGUCCUCCAGCUCCGCGGCGGC